AAAAUAUAAUGGCAAAAAAAACAGUACAAAAAGAAGAAGAUGGACAUGGUCAUUCACAUGAUCACCAUGGCCAUUCACACGAUAACCACGGUCAUUCACACGAUAGCCACGGUCAUUCACACGAUCAUGGUCAUUCACAUGAACAUAAUGAUCACGACCAUGAUCACGAAGAUCAUUCAGAUGACGAUGACAACCAUCAUGGACAUUCACACAACAAUACAAAACCACAACAACACGGACAUUCACAUGAUGGUAAACCAUGUACUGGACAUGGUGGUGGUGGUGAAUCAGAAAAACCAGAAAAAUCAACAAAGACAUUUAUCAAAUUUGGUUUAUUAUUUUUAUUAGUUCCAACAUUUUUUGGAUUACCAUUUAUUUUAAAGAGAGCAGGUGAAAUUGUAGCAAAUAAUAGAGUAUAUUUAAUUUAUAUUUGGGCAAUUUACGCAGUCGUUUUAACAUCCGUUAUAUAUAUGAAAAGACAUUUACAAACAAUCAACAGCUUUGUAAAUCAAAAUUUAAUUUGGGUAAUCUUCACACUUGGUGUCUUUAUCUUUUUAGAUAUUCCAAAGAUGAUUCAACAAGUAGACCUCAGAACCGAAGUACUUUACGUUUGGUGCACAAUCACUAUGAUUCCAAAUAUCAUCUUUUUCUUUUUCGAUGAUACCGAUCAUAAGACCCUCGAGCGUAUAGAAGAAGAAAAAGAAGAAAAGAAAAAGAAGAAAGAUAACGAAAGACGUGCCCGUCAAGAUGAAAAGAGAAAGGCCAAAAUCAAGGAAAAAAUGAAGAAAUACUCAUCAACUCAAUUAUUAGUUAUGAAUACUGCCGUUUAUUUAGGUAUCGCCAUUUUAGUAGCACUUUUAGGUUAUCAAACUUAUCGUUGGUAUAUCAAGACUCAACAAAAUAUCAUUGAAAGAAAUAGAAUGGCUACUGAAAAAUCAGAAUAUGUUGGUAAUGAUUUUGAUAUUGACGGUUAGAAAAAAAAAAUUCAAAAAAUUCAAAAAAAUCAAUCACAAUCAAUCAAAUUUUUCAAAAUUU